UUGAGUUUGUUUACUCGCUGGCCGAGAUGUUUACAGUUUUGAUCCGUCAAUGGAAAACCGCGUGGCAAACUCGCUUUUACGGUGGUUCCAUUGACGUACCAUUCGGUGGCGUAAACAAGCGAUUUGGCACAUGUCUGCGCCGGUGAUUUUGCAUCACAGUCGCCGAAAAACUAGUUUAACUUGAGCACGCUCCCAGCGCGUGAUGAUAUCAACUAAAUCUGGGAUGGCUUUCUGAUAUAAAAGCACCUCCGUCGGUUCGAAAUCCAACAGACUAAAGCUUGAAGGCCUAGCAGUCGAUACCCAAUCAGUGAUUUUUCAAAAAUAUUUUCCCCUACGUGCAUAAACAAAUGUGUCAAUGAAGACACCGGACACCAAAGCCAAGCUGCUGAAUAAUAUAAGUCUAUCUAAACAUCUGUCUUCCAAGAAAGGCGGCUCUCGCACUAGUAACUGCGGCAAUUGUCUGGAAUUCUCCGUGCUCACGCGUCUCUCCAGUGUGCCCUGAAUCACCCGACCAAC